UUUACGUGGAAAUUCGCAUUAAGUUUAUUAAUCUAGCUAUUCGAGUCCUUUUCAGUCUGUACUUACAACAAAAAUGUCGAGAAAUGGCACUCAAACUACCAGCAAACCGAAAGCUAGAAAUGAAUUGCCCAGGAAAGCCACUAGAUCGCCGGCAACAAGUGAGCCAAAGGCACCCACACCGAAGCCCAGAAAGUCGCUGGUCAGGCAACCAGGUAGCACGGAAGGAGACAAAAUAGCAAAACAAACCACUAUUGCAGCGACUUCAAGCAAAAAGCCUGCGCUGUCACCAACCACGGGGAAAAACAAGGAGAGGGAGCGGGAACUUGUAGUUGCUAAAAGGACAACUCCAUCCCCAGGAGCUUCGCGUGUCAGCAAGCCGCAACCCUCGGUGGCAAAGAAAGCAUCCAAAACCAAACCCAAUGCAGUUUUGGAUACUUACCACAGCGUAACGGUUGCCUCGCCACCGCAAAAGCGCAGAGUUCAAUCUAAACAGGAGCAGGAAUCACAACAACCGCCUAUAAUAGAUAAUGUCCCCCCUGCUCCCCCCAGAAACCGCACAUUUACCCGCACCUUAGAUCCAGAUGAAGUGGUAGUACUCAAGAGGGAAUCGGCCAAACAAAGAAACGAAGUUGAAUCCCUGAAAUCUCAGCCUGUGAAACAACCUGUGGCCUUUGAGGUCAAGUUCGAGGAGGCCAAAAAACCGGACUCUGAAUCCGAUCAUUACUCGGAUGACUUUGAAUCCUAUGAAUCAGAUUUUGAGACAGAUGCCAGCACUCCCGAAGAGGAUGAAGAAGAUGAUCCAAGCGAUCACGAAGGCCAAGAGGAAAAGGAAGAGGAUCAGGAUGAGCAAUCUUCCUCUGAAGAUGACGUGGAAGAAGAAGAACCUGAAGAAGAAGAAUCGGAACCCACCCAUAAUCCCAUCACGGUAAUCCAACGCGACAAGGAGCGGGAGCGAAAGCUGGACUCCGGACACUACGAUAUGCGCCGCAAGCCAGUGAGCAGCCACCAAUUCGAUAGUUUCGAUACCAGUUCAAUGGCCAACUCUGAGCAACUGGAUUCCGGCAUCAGUACUAGUGUAGGACUGGAGAAACCGCAGAGUGGUGAAGCCAACGUCUACUAUGGUGGUUACUCCGGGUUUGUGUCACAUCCGGUACACAGUCGUCGGGGUGACGAGCUGAUGGCCAAGUUGCGUUUCGACCAACUCAACUACCACCUGUUCGAGAUGAAGCCACUCAGCUACGAGGGAUUUAUGCAAAACUACGGAAAACUGAAUGCAAGUCAAACGGCUACCCAAACGAUGUCCCCCCUUAUGGAUGGUGAAUGCCAAACGCUAGAGGUCCAUAGUAGAAGUAGUUGGACGCAACACCCUCCACAUUACGGAGGUCAACUGGUCCUCAGUUGUAGUGGCGAUGGGGAAGAAGAUGAGACAUUAAGGAAUCACCCAUCUGAUACCUACGAUAUGAGUCUCUCGCGACUGGAGAAACUUCAUCGCGAGGAACAGGCUCGAACCCAGCAGCAACAACAGCAAAGAUUGGCUAAAACCACGGAUGUGGAGCGUCUGAAUGCCUUUCUACACAAGGCCACUCGAUUGAUGAGCCGCGUCUUGAAUGGUAAGAGUAAAAACUCACCAAUUACUCCUCGCCAGGUUCCACUUCAAACUGGACUCCUGAAUGCUCUGCCCGUGCGAAGGAUCUUCGGCAGCUCUGAAACUGGCCAUUUGGUGGUCACCGUACAUGAAUGCCCUAAGGAGAGCAAUGUUUACAAGGAGGACUUUGCCAGCUUGUUAAUGGUGUGGUCUCUAGGGAAUCCCAGCCAGCCUUUACGCCUGCUGUCCACUUGGGCGGAAGUAUGUCGGGUAACUUUCUCCACCGAAGCCCCGGACAUUGUGGUGGCUGGACUUCGAGAUGGGAGCAUCGCUAUGUGGGAUCUACGCGAGACACACAGCUAUUGCUCCAAGUUGGAUGGUCACCUGACCCAUUUUGCGGCCACACAUUCGGUUGUACCUAUGCUGGAGCAGCAGAAACAGUCAGAAGCGACAACGAUGGAUCUGGGUGCUGUGGUGGAUGUGCGAAGCUUUCGAUCUCAGCAUAAAACUGGAGGACUAGCCACAACUGCGGGACUACAGGCUGCCUACAAGGAGGUCCAGUACGCCUCGUUAAAUGACUCUGGGCUGCUUACCAUGUGGACUUUGGUGGAGGGAUCCGCGUCCAAUAAUACCAAUGAGUUCAGUUCGCCAUGGGCUCGGGUAAAGCUUCUCCAGAGCGGGAUUUGUGAUUUGAGAAACUAUAUACAAAGGCGGCUACUGAAAAGCAAUCAGAGUGCCUACGAAAAGACCAAAUCGCUGUUCCAGGGCAACAUCUACAGCGACGAUCUACUGCGGGAACUGAACGAGACCCAGACCCUGUCCAACGCUUUGCAGGGCCAGGGAUUACAGGGACUGCGCUUCACCAGCAUCGACACCGGCAGCGAACUCAUCUACGUGUGCACCAACCGGAACUUUGUGCUGUGCUGUACGAGGAGCCUCAAAACGGAGCGCUUCUCUAGGAUCGCCGUCAAUGAGAGCCGUUUCCUGUUCCCUACCUCACUAUGUGUCCUCUCCAACGAGAGUUUUGUGGCGGUGGGUCUGUCCAACGGGUCAGUGGUGAUACUCAACUGCAAUCAGCGUCAAAGGCCUUUGCAAAAGAAUCACCAGAGACCCAUGGCUGGUCUGCCGCCGCCCACAGCUGAACCCGAUCCCGAGACAGGAAAAUCUUGUGCCAUCCAGAACAUCAUACUUAACGAACGGCGCUCCUUUGACCAACAAAUGAGUCCAAUGGAUAGAUGUUCCUACGACGUCAGACCCGAUACGGCUCUGGAGCUACUAGAACGACCACGGCGAUCUUAUGAAAGACGCGUCUUCGACCAGCAGCUUCUAUUAAGUGGCAAUGGAUUGCGGCAGCACCUGGUCCAGGCCCUAAUCCUCUCCAGUGACGGCUGGCAACUCUCUGCGCUGACCAACGGAACUUUACGCAGCUACGAUUUUCAUCGGGAUAGAGAAGUGACCACCGGGAUGCCGACGGAUAAUCGCACCAAGGUGACUGACAUUGCCGCCGCACGUGGUGCUGGAAGCGAUCAGCAUCUGCUCAUCCUAGACUCCACUGGACAGGUGCAAAUGCAGCCACUGGACCACUAGUUUGUUAAUUGUUUUACGAUUACCAUUCAACGUUUGUUAAAAUCUUUUUUUCAAAUAAAAAUAAAGUCAAUCGAAAUG